GGCGCGGCAGAGCGCGGGUCGGCGCGGCCCUGAGCGGAGCCUCCGCGCCGCGCUGCGCUCCCGCAGAGCGACUAUGGCCGGGGGAAGGCGAGGGCUGGUGGCGCCUCAGAACACGUUCCUGGAGAACAUCGUGCGGAGGUCUAACGAUACUAAUUUUGUCUUGGGUAAUGCCCAGAUCGUGGAUUGGCCCAUUGUCUACAGCAACGAUGGAUUUUGCAAGUUAUCAGGAUAUCACAGAGCAGAAGUUAUGCAAAAGAGCAGCACCUGCAGUUUUAUGUAUGGAGAGCUGACAGACAAAGAUACAAUUGACAAGGUCCGGCAAACAUUUGAGAACUAUGAGAUGAACUCCUUUGAAAUCUUGAUGUACAAGAAGAACAGAACACCUGUCUGGUUCUUUGUGAAAAUUGCUCCAAUUCGAAAUGAGCAGGAUAAAGUGGUUUUAUUUCUUUGUACUUUCAAUGACAUAACGGCUUUCAAGCAGCCCAUUGAGGAUGAUUCAUGUAAAGGUUGGGGGAAGUUUGCCCGCUUGACCCGUGCCCUCACGAGCAGCCGAGGAGUGCUGCAGCAGCUUGCUCCCAGCGUGCAGAAAGGAGAGAACGUUCACAAGCACUCAAGACUUGCUGAGGUAUUGCAGCUGGGUUCUGAAAUCCUCCCACAGUACAAACAAGAGGCACCAAAGACUCCACCGCAUAUAAUUUUGCAUUAUUGUGUUUUCAAGACUACCUGGGACUGGAUCAUCUUGAUUUUAACCUUCUACACUGCUAUUUUGGUCCCUUACAAUGUCUCCUUUAAAACCAAACAGAACAACGUGGCAUGGCUAGUAGUUGACAGCAUUGUAGAUGUCAUUUUUCUGGUCGACAUUGUGCUUAAUUUCCACACCACCUUUGUGGGGCCGGCAGGAGAGGUGAUCUCUGACCCCAAGCUGAUUCGCAUGAAUUACUUGAAGACCUGGUUUGUGAUUGACCUGCUCUCCUGCCUGCCAUAUGAUGUCAUCAAUGCAUUUGAGAAUGUUGAUGAGGGCAUCAGCAGCCUCUUCAGUUCCCUCAAAGUGGUCAGGCUCCUCCGGCUGGGUCGCGUGGCUCGGAAGCUGGACCACUACAUUGAGUACGGGGCAGCCGUGCUGGUGCUGCUGGUGUGCGUGUUCGGCCUGGCAGCGCACUGGCUGGCCUGCAUCUGGUACAGCAUCGGCGACUACGAGGUCAUCGACGAGGACACCAACACCAUCCGCACGGAGAGCUGGCUCUACCAGCUGGGAGAGUCCAUAGGGACUCCCUACCGCUUCAACACCUCAGGCUUUGGGAAGUGGGAGGGCGGGCCAAGCAAAGAUUCCGUCUACAUCUCCUCGCUGUAUUUUACAAUGACCAGCCUCACCAGCGUCGGGUUUGGGAACAUCGCUCCGACGACAGAUGGGGAGAAGAUCUUUGCUGUGGCUAUGAUGAUGAUUGGCUCCCUUCUGUAUGCCACCAUUUUUGGUAAUGUGACAACCAUAUUUCAGCAAAUGUAUGCUAACACAAACAGAUACCAUGAAAUGCUGAACAGUGUCCGGGACUUUUUAAAGCUCUACCAGGUCCCUAAAGGACUGAGUGAACGUGUGAUGGAUUACAUCGUUUCCACCUGGUCAAUGUCCAGAGGAAUAGAUACUGAAAAGGUUUUGCAGAUCUGCCCUAAGGACAUGAGAGCGGACAUCUGCGUGCAUCUGAACCGAAAGGUUUUCAAGGAGCACCCUGCCUUCAGGCUGGCGAGCGAUGGGUGCCUUCGAGCCCUCGCCAUGGAAUUUCAGACGGUGCACUGUGCUCCAGGAGACCUGAUCUACCACGCUGGGGAGAGCGUCGACAGCCUUUGCUUUGUGGUCUCGGGCUCUUUGGAAGUAAUCCAGGAUGAUGAAGUCGUUGCUAUAUUAGGCAAAGGAGACGUUUUUGGUGAUGUGUUCUGGAAGGAGUCGACCCUCGCCCAGUCCUGUGCUAAUGUAAGGGCUUUGACUUACUGUGAUCUUCAUGUGAUAAAAAGGGAUGCCUUGCAGAAAGUGCUGGAGUUCUACACAGCCUUUUCACACUCCUUCUCCAGAAAUCUCAUUUUGACCUACAACUUGAGAAAAAGGAUCGUGUUCCGGAAAAUCAGCGACGUCAAGCGGGAAGAAGAGGAGAGAAUGAAGAGGAAGAACGAAGCACCUCUGAUCUUACCCCCAGACCACCCAGUGCGGCGGCUGUUCCAGAGGUUCCGGCAGCAGAAGGAAGCGCGGCUUGCGGCAGAGAGGGGCCGAGAUCCGGAUGACCUGGAUGUGGAAAAGGGCAGUGCUGUCGGGGAGCAAUCCUGUGCUCGCGCAGUGGUCAAGGCCAGCGUUGUGACCGUUCGGGAGAGCCCGGCGACCCCCGUGUCGUACCAGCCCGCCUCCACCUCCGGGGCCUCCGACCAGGCCAAGCUGCAGGCCCCGCCAUCGGACCACGCAGCGUGCAAGGCAGCGGGGGACUACCCCCGGCGGAAAGGCUGGGCCAAGUUCAAGGAAGCCUGUGGGAAAGGUGAAGACUGGAACAAGGUCUCUAAAGCAGAGUCCAUGGAGACUUUACCUGAGAGAACUAAAGCUUCGGGAGAAGCUACCCUGAAGAAGACAGACUCUUGUGACAGUGGCAUUACAAAAAGUGACUUGCGCUUGGAUAACGCAGGGGAGACAAGAAGCCCGCAGGACCACAGCCCGGUCCUCACCGAGGUCAAGCAUUCCUUUUAUCCCAUCCCAGAACAGACUCUUCAGGCCACCAUGCUGGAAGUGAAACAUGAGUUGAAAGAGGACAUCAAGGCUUUAAACACAAAAAUGACCAAUAUAGAAAAUCAGCUUGCUGAGAUACUUAGGAUAUUAACCUCAAGAAGAAGCUCCCAGUCUCCACAGGAGUUGUUUGAAAUAUCAAGGCCCCAGUCUCCAGAAUCAGAAAAAGACGUGUUUGGAGCUAGCUGAGGUGUUUCUUUUUAAAAACAAACAAACCAACCAACAAAGAAACAGCCCCCUAACACUUUACAUUUAAUCUUUCUUGAAAACGAGUGAGGGACCCGUUCACUAAGCAUGUUCCCUCUGUCUAAAAAGGUAUGGUAACAGAAAUUGCAACCUCAUGUCAAGAUGGCAGCUGACUUUGAAGCCUUUUUGACAGCAAGGUUCUGCCCUGAAUCCCAGCGAACACCCUGUUUAACAGCUUCGAAGGAGAUGUUCUGUUUCUACAGUACUUCCCUUUAAUGAACUGAACAAGAUACUUACUGUGACUAUCUGGUGAUAUAUUUUCAAUCACUCUUAACCAAUCUGUGAAAAAAAAUUACUACAUUAUUUGUCUUUACUAUAUAAACAACGUGUAUGAUUACACUUGUGCAGAUGCGUGUACAUACACAUGUACAUAUCUAUGUAUAGAUAAGUCUAUGGAUUGCAUUUCUGUUAAGUAAAAGCACAUUCCUCAUUGAUUCCAGUCCAAGAAGGGAGCUUAAAUCUUCCCAGUAGACAUCCACUGAGUGUCCUGUUAGUGUCUUGUUUGUUAUCUGUUGAACGUAUAAGGCCAUGAUUUUGGAUUUUUCUAGCUGGCCUCAACUUCAUACUGUGAGUCUGGUAAAUAGUGUGACUGCAAGAAGAUCUGGUGAGGGUCAUGAUAGUCAGGAAAGAGAAAUCCAUGUGAAAGUGGAAAGAUGCUGUAUCCUAGUCGGUGGGGAUAAGACUCAUAAGCUGGUGUUUGUUGCUCACAGUAUCUGAAGCCAAGCUGCCCUGGUAGUGUUUCUCAUGGCUUUUUCUGCAAGAGAGAUGGUGGAAUAGAUGGAUUUAUUUUUUUCUGGUACCAGGGGUUGUCUCAAAGGUGCUGAGCCUAUCCUUCUCUUCAUGGGCAGCAUAACACCUGGUUGCUGCACCUCUGCUUUCUUGUCCUGGUGUUAGGUGGUAAAAGCAUCUUCUGAAUUUUUCAUUUCCACAUAGUCUCCUGUGUGUGUAUUGGCAAUAACAAAGUCUGUGUUUUAGCCACACUUAUGAUACAUCAAGACAAACCUUUUAGAGUGAGUCCCAUGCAGGGGAAGCUCCAGAAAUUUGAGGUGAGGCACAGUAGGAUACUGUAUCCUCCAAUCUGACAUCAUUUUGACCACAUUGUUGUGGGAAGCAUUGAUUCAAUUAAAUAAAAAUAAAGCUUUUUUUGCAAUAAGAUAUAUCCAGCAUUUAGCCUUAAGACCCUUUCAUAAGUGAUAUAAUUCAAAAUGUGAUUCCAUUCUUCUUCCUUCUUAAUGUUCUGUAGUAUUUACAGUGUUGCCUAAAGAUGAAGCACUUUGAUUAGCUUUCUAAAUCUAAUGGAAAUCACUUGCUGGUAAUCACAUUUCUUUCUCCACUUAUUGCCUUCUUAUUAGGAUAAUGAAUUAUUCCAAUUGCCCUCUCCCCUCAUAAAACAAAGAGACAUAACUAUUGUCUAAGUACUUUUGUAUAUCAGGGAGCCAGCCCAUCAUAUUGCAAAAGUGUUUGUUUCAGAGACUUUUUUUUUUACAGAUCGACAAAGCUAAUGUGAAUUACCUGCAACUGUAAUUUGAUUCAAGCUGAUUGUUGAGUGUUGUGUAAACAUAUUUGAUGUGUAAUCCCAGAACAUCUCUGUAACUGGAUCCAAUGCCUAAUAUUAGCAAAACAGUUCAGGGUUUUCACUAACUGUUCUGAAAGGCUCAUGGGUUUUUUUCUUCUUCCCACUAAAUCUGUGACCACUAACAUAGAAAAAGAAUCAUUUUAGCUGUAGAUGAAAGAAGUUCAAUAAUCUUGUAUCAGGAUGAACUGCUAUAUAAAGAAAUACCGAGUUUUCUAAUGAAUGUGUUAUAUUAUUGUACCUACAUACAAUCAAUAUUUGUACAUCUGUUGGAGACCUGUCUGCGUUUCAAUAUUUAGCCACCACUGCAUGGACACUUGAUUGAUAUGCAGUUAAUGCAGUUGCUUUGGCGCUUUUCAAUGUACUUCACUCAUUUUUAUCCUUUCAGAAAUCCACCGAAUACUCUCAGUUCUUUUUCUUUGCAUUUGUCACUUUGUUCAAUGAAGCAUGACUAGAAACAGAGAAUGAGUAGAUACUAUUUUUGUGGUCAGCAAAGCAGCUGCCAGUAGAUAGGCAGUGUGUGUAUGUAUGUAUGUAUACGCACUGUCUGGGAAUGUUUUAGAUACAAAUGCAGCCACCUCCAUUAAUGAUAUCCCUAGUCAACAUUUUUAAACAAGCACAAAUAAUAUUUGUAAAAAAAAAAAGUUUAAUUUUAUUUAUUAUAGUAAUAAACUAUUUUAUACAUUA